UCCACCUCUAUUCUUUAAUUCGGCACGAAAACUCAUUUGGUCAGUUUUCCUACAAUCAGAGACACAUCAACACAGCACAGUAUUGGGGGCUGAUACAAUACUUCACCGUGCAAAGCAGGGUAGAGGUUUUCAGCCUCUCCCCCAUCCGAUUUGUAAUGGGGUCUUCCUAGGAUCAGCUCAGGGUUUUUCCCAUCAGUACAGUCCCGUUUGGAACCCGGAUGUUAGCCUCAGUCAAUCCUCACCAAGCCCCGCCAGCUUCAAAUUCUGCGCCACUUUCCGUCUAGCUGUCAUGCGCAGGUUCACUCCGGCGCCAAGGCAGUCGCGAGACUCAGCGUCCAGCGCCACUACCACUAUGGCUGCCACCUGCGCCACCCCAAGAUGGCGGCAGAACGAAGGUCAGGCAGGGCAAAGGUCAUGGCACCGCUAGCCAAUGAGCGCGCGCGCCUGGCCGCCGCCUAUAGGAAGGCAGCGCGGGCUGUGGGGCUGGAGUGUGCGGGAGCUUCAGUCACCAUGUCGGGCUCGCAGGCCGAGGGUGCAGCGUUCUGUAAAGGGCCCGGCCGCCGGAGGACAUGGGCCGAGCUGCUGGCAGGCAGAGUCAAGAAGCAAAAACAUAAUCCUGAAAGGGAACAAAAAUUAAAGGAUUCAGCACUGCACCUCCUGAGAGGCCACCAAAACAUGAAUGACCUUUUGCUAGAGGUAGAAGAUUCACAAUGUAAAAACUUACAUCUCAGCAAACUGGUGGAAUGUGACAGUGCUGAAACCUACUUUGAUCAUUCUAGUUCCUUCCUACGCUCUGCUUUUCGGGAUCAAGCCUCAAGACUAGGGGUUUCUGUGGGGAUCCUCUCUGCCAGAAUGUUGGCCUGCAGUAUGGAACAGGUCUGCACCAAGCCCAGCCACCCUGUGCUGCUCAGCUCAGAGCAAAGAAAGAAACUGUCUUCCUUGUUAGAGAUUGCUCAGCAUUUAUUGGCAUACAAUAUGUUCUCCCGUCUUACCUUUUGUCAAGAAUUAUGGAAAGCACAGAACUCUUUGUUGCUUGAAGCUGUAUGGCGUCUUCACGUACAAAAUGUGGUGAGCCUACAAGAGCUGCUGGAGAGCCAUCUUGACGUACAGGCUAUGGCCACAUGGCUCUUCAAGAACCUCUGCUUUCUCUGUGAACAGACAGAAACAUCUUGCUCAUCUGCUGAUGUUGUUGAGGCCAUGCUUUCUGGUUUUGUGCAGCUAUUAGUUUUGAAGGGAUUUCAGGAAAACUCAGAUCUAAGAAGACCCUCGGAACCUGAAAAGAUGUCCCAGGUUGCAACUGAUGUACUGCAGAGAAUGCUGGCUUUUGCGCUUGAUGCUCUGGAUGCACAGGAGGUUUCGACUCACCAGGCAGUUAGGGGCUGGUUUCGUGUGUACACUGGGCAUGUAUGCUGUGGUUUGACUGCAUUGGAUUCUGUGAAGAGGUUCUUCCAUCAUGCUCUAACUCAGAUUCUGACUCACAAACCUGUGCUGAAAGUGUCUGAUGCCAUUCAAAUGCAGAAAGAGUGGAGCUUUGCAAAGACUCACCCUUUGCUCACCACCCUGUACUGCAGGCUUUUUGUGAUGCUGAGUCCAAAGGAGUCAGUUGACUGUUUGCAGGAAGUCCUGGAGAUGCAAGAGGUUAACUGGCAACAUGUGCUCUCUUGUAUGUCUACUUUGGUGGUCUGCUUCCCUGAAGCACAGCAGCUAGUUAAAGAUUGGGUGGCCUGUUUGAUGGCCCGUGCCUUUGAGAGCUACCAUCUGGACAGCAUGGUCACUGCAUUCCUGAUUGUGCGCCAGGCUACACUGGAGGGCCCCUUCGUAUUCUCAUCCUAUGCAGACUGGUUCAAGGCCUCCUUUGGGAGCUCACUUGGCUACCAUACCUGCAGCAAGAAGGCACUGGUCUUCCUCUUCAAGUUCUUGUCUGACCUUGUGCCCUGGGAAGCCCCUCGGUACAUGAAGGUGCAUGUUUUCCACCCACCACUGGUCCCAAGCAAGUACCGCUUCCUCCUCACAGACUACAUCUCAUUGGCCAAGACAAGGCUUGCUGACCUCAAGGUUUCCUUAGAGAACAUGGGACUCUAUGAGGAUUUGUCCUCCUCUGGGGACAUUGUAGAGCCUCACAGCCAAGCGAUCCAGGAUGUUGAGAAGGCCAUUGUGGUAUUUGAACACACAGGGAGAAUCCCAGUACCUGUCAUGGAGGCCAGCAUAUUCAGGAGGCCCUACUACCUGUCCCACUUCCUCCCUGCCCUGCUCACACCAAGAGUGCUCCCAAAGGUUCCUGACUCCCGAGUGGCUUUUAUAGAGUCCCUAAGGAGAACAGAUAAGAUUCCCUCAUCGCUGUAUGACACCUACUUCCAGGCAUGUGCCACAGCUGAGAAGAAGCAGACUGAAAAUGCCACCUCAGGAACAAGAACAGAACCUGGCUAUGAUGAAGAGCCCCUGGGAUUGCUCACAGCAGCACUUGAAGAGCUCAGAGCUUCAAUGGUAGACCCCACCCAGUAUGACGUUUUAUCUGCUCAGGUGGCUGUGAUUUCUGAAAGGCUAAAUGCUGCUUUGGGUCACAGUAAUGAUGACAGCCUCCAGAGAGUGAAGAUUCAACUCAACGUCCUUGUUCCCGAACUCAAGAAGAAGGACCAAGCGGUUGUAGAUCUCCUGCUCACAGCCUUCUGUCAGAACAUAAUGGCAGCUUCCAGCUUUGUGCCCCUAGACAGACAGAGCCCCUGGGCUUCCCUCUUCGUAAGGAUCCUUUGUGGACACCUGCUUCUUCCUGCAGUACUCACUCGGCUCUGCCAGCUGCUCUGUCACCAGGGCCCCAGCCUGAGUACCCCUCAGGUACUGGGGUUGGCCGCUCUGGCUGUCCAUCUGGGUGAGUCCCGAUCCAUGCUCCCAGAGGUGGAGCCAGGUAUUCCUACCUGUGCCAGCAGCCUUCCUGUCCCCGAGUUCCUGGACAGUCUCCUGACCUGCCGCACCAGGGAAUUCUUGCUCUUCUCUAUGAAAUUCUGUACAGCAGCAAUUUCUUACUUUUUGUGCAAGUUCUCUCCAAAAUCCGAUGAUGCCUUACACAAUUUAUCUCCAGGCCUAGUCAAAAAGUUUCAGUUCAUUAUGUUCAGAUUGUUCUCAGAAGCCCGAGCCCCUGGCCCUCCAGAGAACACAGAUGGCCUUUUCUGGAGACCCUUGUACCUUUCUUCUACAGACUGGCAGAGUGCUGCACUUUCUCUGUGGAGAUGGGACAGCUUCCAAGAGCUGUUGAAGAAGAAGGAGUUUUAUUUAACUUACAGAGAUUGGCUACAGCUGGAACUGGAAAUUCAACCUGAAGUUGAUAUUCUUCCCAAUACAGAAAGACAGGACUUCCACCAAUGGGCAAUCUAUGAACACUACCUCCCGGCGCCGUCUGCUUUGGGAGGCUGCGAUGGAGAUCUGGAAGUGGCUUGUACAGUCCUUGUCAGUGAGCUGAUGGACUUCUACCAAAGUUCGAGGAGUUAUAACCACUCAGAGAACUCAGAUCUGGUCCUUGGUGGACACAAAGGAAAUGAAGAUAUUCUUUCUAGGCUGCAGGAGAUGGCUGUGGACCUGGAGCUAGAGCAAGGCCCUGCCACGCCCUCUGGCUGCUUUACUUCUCACUUUCUCUUCCGGGUGUUCCAAAGUCGGCUCCAGGCUCUGGCCGGUGGGGGCAGCAUGGCUACUAGCCUUAAGAGACAGCAAGAGCUGCUCCUGUGCAAACGGCUUCUUCUCCGUCUAUCUCCAUCUAUUCUUGUCAGCAGCCCCCAGGCUGGACAGCCUGCCACCCCCAACUGUGAGGAGUUCUUUCACCUGGUCAACUCUGAGUUGAGAAACUUCUGUUGCCAUGGCUAUGUCCUGACCCACAACAUUACCGUCCACUUCUUCAGGGGCCUCCUUAAUGCCUGUUUUCGCAGCAAAGACCCAUCACUGAUGGCCAACCUGACCCUGACAGAGUGCCAGACCAAGUGCCCCAUGCUUCUGACUUCUGCACUGUCAUGGUGGUCAAGCCUGGAGCCAGUGCUAUGUAGUCGGUGGAAGAAAUGCUGCCAAAGCACGCUGCCUCAAGAGCUGCUGAGGCUGCAGGAAGCCCAACAGUUUGCUAGCAAUUUCCUGUCCUCUGAAUCAGCUUCCCCAGCACCUAACCUGGCCUGGGUCUCAGCUGCACCUAACCUGGCCUGGGUCUCAGCUGCAGCACUGCACUUUGCAUUUAGAAAAGUUAGGAAGGAAAAUGUCAAGAAACUGAAGAGUCUAGACUGUGAAAGAGAGGAGCUUCUCAUCUCCCUGCUUUUCUUCUCCUUGAUGGGCCUACUCUCGUCCUCUCUGACCCCACAGGACACUGCUGAGUAUCUGAAAGCUGUGGACAUCUGUGCCGAGGUCCUUGGGUGCUUAGAAAGAAGGAAAGUGUCCUGGCUGGUGCUCUUUCAGUUGACAGAGACAGAUGCCGGGCUGGGGCACCUCCUUCACUUGGCCCCAGAUCAGUACAUUAGGCUGCUACCAUUUGCCUUCUACAGCCUUCUUCCCUACAUCAGUGAAGAUGCUGUCAUCAGGGAAGAGGCUUUCUUGUAUGUUGCCACUGACAUGUACCUCAAGCUGAUCCAGCUCUUUGUGGAUGGGGAAACUAAGGCUAUGUCACUUCAGGUCAGCAGGAGCUUGCCACUCCAAGGCCAGUCCUGGCUCCAGGGCAGUCCUGUACAACUGGUAACAAAGGCACGUAUUUUUCUGCUGCAGCUAAUACCUCGAUGCCCAAAACAGUGCUUCUCAAACGUGACAAAGCUACUGGCUGGUCGUGGAGACUACGACCCAGAGGUGAGCACCGCCCUCCUGUGCAGGCAGCAGACUGACCCUGACCUCGAUCUCUACCAGGAACCCAAUCUCUUCUGACUGCAACCAUCUCAGUGCACCAGCUGGCUCCUUUGAAAAUAAUUUAUUGCAAGCAUAACAUGGAGCUCUUGU